AUGCCGAGACGUACCAGAGCAAGUCUCCAAGCUGAGAUCAAGAACAAAGCAGAAUCUUUGCCUGUGCCAGCCACCAAUCAAAAUGUUCCACCAAGUUCCUCGGAGCUCAUCCCAACCCUACUCUUCGAGGACCAAUCCAAAUGGGAGAGCUACUUGGAUAACUCGUACCAAAAUUCCCUGGGCGUCUGGCUCAAGAUCUCCAAAAAGAACGCCGAAAAGCCAACAGUCACUUACGAUCAAGCCCUCGAUAUAGCGCUCUGCUUCGGCUGGAUCGACGGACAACGCAAAGCCUUCGACGAGCAGCACUUUAUCCAGAGGUUCACUCCACGGCGGAAAAAUAGUCUUUGGUCAAAGAGAAACGUUGACAAAAUUGCGGCUCUGACCGAAGCGGAACGCAUGAGACCAGCUGGACAGGCAGAGGUUAACGCCGCAAAGGCGGAUGGACGAUGGGACCGAGCCUACUCUUCUGCAAGUACAAUGGAAAUGCCUUCAGACUUUGCGGAGGCAUUGCACCGUAACGAAGAGGCAAACAAGUUCUUUGAUGCUUUGAAUAAGACGCAGCGGUAUGCCUUCUUGUGGCGGAUCGAGACGACGAAACGUCCAGAAACGAGGAAACGAAAGAUAGACCAGUUUGUCGAUCUUUUAGCUGAGCACAAGACACUUUGA